UCUGAUAUAAGGCAGUCGCAUUACAGCGAUGAAGACCGCGACUGCAUCCUCAAGAUGCACGUACAACAUGCACCUGUACUACAACGGCGCCCUACCACUGCCAGACAUCCGAGAAGCACGCACGCCACAUAGAAACUAUACACAUAAUAAUCCACCAACAAAAAUAUAUUAGAGUUGUUUAGACGUUGUCAACGGCAACGGUAGUCCAAUACAUGGAACACGAGUGUAAACGCUCACCUCCCAGACGUGUCAAAGGCUUCCUCUUGACAUUACGGUUUAACAAGAAUAAAACCUAAAAUUGACGGCAGUGCAUUGCAAGAAUAAAAUAUUUCUACUCCAAAACCAUACCAAUACCAAUAUAAAAUGAUAUAGUAGGCUCGCAGACCGUGAAAAAAACAUGAGCUUAGUUACGAACUCCAACGAUAACUUUUUACAUUCUGAUUGCAUCAACACCGAAUCUUCUAAUUGGAAUACUUUAUAUGGAUCAACUAUCUGGACGGAUAGCCGAUUAAGAGAUGCUAUUGUUAAUGCACCUUGUAAGGAUCACAAAAUUAAAACCUAUUGCUACACGUGCAGAGGAAAAAUAAGAAACUAUGGGGUCACGCCAUUAAAAGCCACGUUUUUACCAAAUAAUCAUUCCACUCCAAAAUUAAAUUUAAUGAACACAGCAACGAAAUUAGAGCCAUCGAAAAAUACAAUUGAGAGCUGUCCUGACAAUAUUUGCAGCCUCAACAACUCGUGUAGAAGAAAAACUUCUAUUACUGAUGUUAACUUUAGUAAUGUUCAAGUAGCCCAAAAUAUACCGACAGUAUCACAACAUGUCGAUGAGAUUAUCCGCGGUAAGUAUAGAAGUGCAGAGUAUGUCCAGCCAAUCAAUGUUUCCCAAAGAAGACUGAGAAAAAGAUUUAAAGGCAUUGGCUGUGUAGUAAAUUUUUCAUUACAUGACAGCCCAAAGAAGAAACGAACAAAAAUUCAAGCAUGCUCAAUAGGAUUAAUGAUUGUAGCGAUAGUACUCAUUAGUUUAAUAUUAGUCAAUUUUACAACUCCUAGUUUUAUACACGCAACUAAUGAAACAAGUGCAAGUUUUGUGCCAAUAGAAGACAUAUAUUUUAAUGAAACUACUUCAGCCGUUGUUAGUAUAUAUCCGGAAGCAUUGUUUCCUAGUGUAAAUAAAAGAAACAUUACAUAUGAAACAACAACCGAACAUUCUAUAGAUUAUCGUAAUAAAAGCAACGAUCUUUUAAAUAUCAUAUCAAAAAUAAGAAAAAACAUAAAGACUUACCCCAGGGUGGGGAAAAAGACCGAGGAGGCAAAAGAAAUUGUAAACAGAGAUCUGUCAGCUGAUUUUUGCUCGUGCCAAACAAAUGAAGUGUGUAUGUUAGAUGAGAAAAGUGGAACGUCUAUAUGCCAAGUUGCCGUAGAUUUAGAGGAUCCUACUGGUUGCGGAGGACUCUGCGCACUGGAAACAGAAGCUUGUCAGCUUGUGGAUAAGUCAAGGGGUGUGCGUAUUUGUAAAUUGUUAACUCAAAUCAAGUGCUCGCCUCAGGAUUGGCGAUGCCGAGACGGAUUCUGUGUCCCAUCUGCAGCAAGAUGUGAUGGUUUCAUACAAUGCUACGAUCGCUCCGAUGAAAUGCACUGCGAAUGUGAUUUAAAAAAGCAAUUCCGAUGUGGCAAUUCAAUAUCUUGUUUUCCCAACAAAAAGAAAUGCGACGGUUUUAUUGAUUGUUGGGAUGGAUACGAUGAAGUUAAUUGCACUUUAGAAUGUCCAGAAGAUCAAUUUACUUGCAAUGAUGGUCAAUGUAUAAUUUCUUCAAGAUUUUGCGACGGUCUAGCCGACUGCGCGGAUGGGAGCGAUGAGCCGCAGGGAUGCGGAGGGGCUUGUGGUACACAUGAGGUGCAAUGCCGAAACCAUCGUUGUGUGCCACGCAAUGCUGCGUGCGACGGACAAAAUGACUGUGGCGAUAAUUCGGACGAAUCACACUGCUCUUGAUAUAAGUGACAUAGCCGUGUGAUUGCAUGGUACCUCCAAAAAUACAGCAUUUGUAUUCCAUUGCAGAAAUGUUGGUUUUGUAAUGUCAGUAACAUUUUCUAUAUUUAAUAGCUGGCUAUGGCAAGCUGAAUUACAAAUUAAUGUUUGCAUAUUUAUUAAAUCAUUGUUAUAUUUGAAAUGUUGGCACCUUAUCUUCCUAUUAAACAAAUAUUUAUUU